AUGGCUAAGGAAAAAUUAAGUUCUGAAAAUGACAUGCUUGGGGGACAAUUUUUCAAGCCAUUAAUUAAAAAAGAAGACCAACUUCUUUUGCCAAAGGAUGUUGAGCAUUUUUAUGUUGACAAUUCAAUUGGAAGCCAACACCUUGAAGUCAUCAAGAGCAAAAUGCCACGUGCAAACCAUCAUCAAAUUCAAUCUGAGCAUUUCGAAACAUUCUACACUUGGUUUAAGGACCAUGUUCAGACCUUGCGAAGGACAAGUAAUAUUACAUUUACUGAAGAAAUCAAUAGAUUAGCAGAUGGUCCUCAUACUUUGGCUAGGCGGUUCAAUGGUUACAUUAUCAAUGGGUUUCGUUUUCGUGUGAAGGCUUUGGAUGGUCGUCGGGUGACUCAAAAUAGUGGUGUAGCUUUAAAGGCUGAUACAAUGAGUUAUGCUAGUCGGAAGGACAAGAGUCCUCGCGUCGGUGCUGUGUACUACUAUGGACAGUUGACUGAUAUUGUCAAAAUCUGA